AGCCGGCGGCCGCCGCGAUGUGAGCCGGGGAGGCGGAAGGCGCUGCCCGCAUGGCCGCGGGGGGCGGCGGCAGGAAUGUGCCCCUGGGCAGCGGCCCCCGCGACGGCAUGAGGCGGGAUGGCGGCGCCGAGCCCUUCUGGUCCAGGCCCGAGUCCCGUGUGUGGACAGUGAUGCUGCUGCUGGGGACGUGYCUGCUCUACUGUGCCCGUGUCACCGUGCCCAUCUGCGCCGUCGCCCUCAGCUCCCACUUCCACUGGGACAAGAAGCAGUCCGGCAUCGUGCUCAGCAGCUUCUUCUGGGGCUACUGCUUGACACAGAUUAUUGGAGGACACAUCAGUGACCAAAUAGGAGGUGAGAAAGUCCUCCUCCUUUCAGCAUCAGCCUGGGGGCUCCUCACAGUCCUCACCCCGCUGCUCACCCACAUCACUUCAGCCCAUCUGGUUUUUAUGACCUCCUCCAGGUUCCUCAUGGGGCUGCUGCAAGGGGUUUAUUUCCCAUCCCUGGCCAGCCUGCUGUCSCAGAGGGUCCGGGAGAGCGAGCGAGCCUUCACCUACAGCACGGUGGGGACAGGAUCACAGUUUGGAACGCUGGUGAUCGGUGGUGCAGGGUCUCUCCUCCUGGACUGGUACGGCUGGGAAAGUGUUUUCUACUUCUCCGGUUUGCUCACUUUGCUCUGGGUUUAUUGCACCUGCAAAUACCUCCUGAGUGAGAAAGAACUCAUCAUCCCCAUAGAUUWUUUAACGAGAAGCCUCUCGAUAUCCAAGCAGACCAAAGUUCCCUGGAAGCAGCUGUUCAGGAAGGCACCGAUCUGGGCUGUCAUUAUUGCCCAGCUCUCCACGGCCAGCACSUUCUUCACUCUCCUCUCCUGGCUGCCAACUUUCUUUAAGGAAACUUUUCCCGAGUCGAAGGGUUGGGUGUUUAAUGUAGUCCCCUGGCUGGUUGCWAUUCCAGCAAGCUUGUUCAGUGGAUUUCUGUCUGAUCAUUUAAUCAACCAAGGGUACAGAACCAUCACCAUUCGUAAGUUCAUGCAGGUCAUUGGCUCUGGCGUCUCAAGCAUUUUUGCUUUGUGCCUGGGCCAGACCUCCAGUUUCUGCAAAGCAAUUGUGUUUGCCUCGGCYUCUGUUGGACUGCAGACCUUUAACCACAGUGGCAUUUCAGUGAACGUGCAGGACCUGGCCCCCUCGUGUGCUGGCUUGCUGUUUGGGGUUGCCAAUACAGGUGGAGCCCUCCUAGGUGUGAUCUGUGUGUACCUGGCUGGGUGCCUGAUUGAGACCACGGGCUCCUGGAAUUCUGUUUUCAACCUGGUGGCUGCUGUGAACAGCAUUGGGCUCUGCACAUUCCUCCUGUUUGGAGAGGCCCAGAGGGUGGACACGGACUCUGUGUACGUGGAUCUCUAGGGAUGAGCCCAGGRAGCAGCUGAAGGACAGGAGAAUGUCACAUCUAUGGGUCGUUCUUGCAAAGUGCCAAAGAACUUCUUUUUUUUGGUUUGUUUUUAGGUGUUUUAACAGGAAAAAAAGAGUGCUGAAACCGAGUACAUAAUGGGUCUGGAUGGAACCCAUGGGAGAAAAGGAAUUUAGAGUUCAUUUUUUUUGCUCAGGGCGUAGCUGGUGGCUUGCAGAGCCAUCCAGCUCAACAUCUGCAGUGAGGAUACGGUCUGUGGCACCAGUUUGUCCCAGUCUGUGUCCAGUGGACACACACCCAUGUGGCCAAAGCAGCUCUCAUGGCUGUAGCCCAAGGCUGCUGUGGUUCCAUGCCCUGCUGAGGGGAGUGGAGCCCCUUGCUCUGCUGUCCUGGRGCUGCUGUGCCACCGUGUCCUCUGAGGUGUGGAAGGGACAUCCCCACAGGACCUCUGACCUCAACCCCCGCGUGUGCCUUCGUCCUUCAUCCUCUCAGCAGCUCCAUCCAGGUUAGCAGGGCUGUGAGGUGAAUCCCAGGCUUCCCUUCAGGGGUUUUUGUGUGCCGUGGGUCCAGGGCUGUGUCAGUGCUGCUGUCACCAAGCCUGGAGGUGACACUGAGCUCAGGGCACCGAGCCAAGCUGGCUUUGCUCAAAGACUUGAGCUCUSCCUCCUCUCCCUGAUGGCUUCACCCCAUCCCUGAGCCCAGGUGGAGCAGCUCCACCAUGAGAUCMGAGCUGAGCUGGGCUGACCUUGCAGUGCAGCAGCAGCAGAGGAAUCUCCCUGGAGCUGUUUUGUCAGAUGCUGUGGAUGCAUGGGAAGAGCCAGUCACACUCUGUGCUGUGGAUCUACAGCUCCCAAAUGCUUUCUGCAUGAUUGGAUGUGUCCUCCUCGUGCUCUCAAAGGGCUGAGGGAGACUUUCCAAAGAGCUUGGCAUGGGCAGGUUUUGUUUUUAUGUUAAGCAUAAAUCAAAUUUCUGCACCGGGAACCCACCUCCCUGUGGUUCUCUGUGUCAGAGGGAAAUACUUGGCUGUGGACACCUCUGAGCCUGAAUGUCUUAAGUUAUUUAUAAAUAGGUUAAAAUUUAAGCACCAAAUCCUAUAUUUUAUGUACUUGAGGCCUGAUGCUGCAUGCUUGUUUCGAGUGGUGCUCCCACCAAAUCCAACCCUGUUUCUCAAAGGGGAACAUCCACCAGCCUCCAGUGUUUGGUUUUGUGGGAUCAAUUUGAAACGAGAAUUUCAUAUUAAAGCAAUUCAUUGCUUCUCCCACCCCUUCCUUGAAGCCUGAAAGGAUGUCUUGGGUUUCUCUAAUCCUUACCAGAAAAUUCAGGCUGAGGAGCAGAUUUCCCAAGGACCCUGCAGUGCAGGAAAGCUAUAGGUUCAGGUUAAAAAAAAACAAAAAAACGAUUACCCUCUUUCUCACCUUUUGUUUUGGCCAAAUUUCUUCUUGGAAGACCUAUUGGAGCCAUGCUAAGUUUCUGAAUAGCCUGGUUUGUAGUGAAAGCACUGACAGCCUUUUAAUUGCAGAGACACUAAUGGAGAUCACUGAGCUGAGCUGAGCCACUUACCGGGCAGAUUUAGAGAUAAGGAUGCAACUGCCUGAUGUCUUCCCAAGAGAAUAAAGAAUCAAUGUGGCCUGAUGAGGAUGGAGAGAUAAGAAAGCAUUUUUUUUUCUCCUUCUGUGCUCUUUUUUUUUUCUCUAAAAGGCAGUUUGGUACCAUAGGUAGGACCCUGUAUCCCGGGUGCUGCAGAGCUGGGACCUGGGAAGGCUGCUGGGAUCUUAAAAUCAGUGGUUAAAUUGGGAAGAACACCCAGUAACAGCAAACACAAACACAGCCAGGCUUGCCARAGAGGCCCGAGGCUGUGCAGCCAUCUCUGUCAGCUUUGUCCAGCCUGAGCAGAUUGCUUGCAUGGCCUUUUUCUAAUGACCCAGAAAAAAAAAAAAAAACACCAUAGGUUUAGUGGGUUUUUUUUUAGUAUUUUCCCUGUCCACCACACUCCAUUCAGUGUUGCAGGUCAGGGGCAYGAGGAUUCAAUUCUGGUUCUCUUUGGUGGCUGCAGCAUUUCUUGUGGAGGAAUUGAUGAAUUUAAAUCACUCACAUUUGAAUGGGGCAGUUUGGCAACCCCUUGGAUGUGCCAGCUGGGAAAUUUGGAACUGCUCCUCAAAGGRAAGUGUUUGGCUGUGCCUGCUCUGUGGAUCCAGCGAACAUUCCAGCGGGCUGUUUCUGAACUGGCUAAUAAGUUAAAUAUUUGACCUMCACUUGAGGCUUAGGUUUCAUUAUCAUCGAACCUCCUUGGUGAAGUACUGAAACCAUUUUGCAUCUCUGUACUGUUAUUUGUUUAAGCCAAAGCUUGCGGUCUGCGAGUUUUUGUUAUGGAAGGACCUAAAAAAAAAAUAAAAAUAAAGGCA